AUGGCCCGCAAGAAGCCCCGCUGCAUCGUGUGCCAGAAGAUCGUGCGGGGCAUUACGAUCUGGUGCGACAACUGCAGCUUCCACUUCGCCGUCAACAAGCCGCCAGAGGUCAUCGACCUCCUCUCGUCGUCUUCUUCCGACGACGAAGACGACGAUGCGCCCAUCGCGCCACGGCCGGCCAACGGCAAGUCGCGCGCAGCCUCGCCCAAGCCAGUUGCGCCCGCCGAGGACGAAGUCAAGCCCUGCGCUGCAUCGACCAAGCCAGCGGCGGAGGCCGAGGCCGAGGCCAAGCCCCGCGCAGCCUCGAAACGCCAUGCGCCCGCAUCGCCCAUCACCAACGCGCCAGCGACAGCGCAUACAAAGCGACCCAAGACCGAGACAAAGACGAUUGCCAAGCCUGCGCAAGCUGCGACAACGACGUCGUCCGCAAUGCCAGAGACCGCGCCUGCCAUUGUCGACAAGUCGGUUGCAGUCGCACCGCCCGAUGCACCGUCAGCGUCAAGCACACCUCGAGCGCCUGUUGAUCCGACGCCCACACCAAGUGCGCAGCCUGCACCUGCGUCUCCAGCACAUGAAAGGCGACACGUACCCUACACAAAACCAGCACCUUCUACCAAGCCCGUGAAAGCGGCCGGGACACCGAAGUCGACCGCGAUCCGCGUGUGCAAGCCAGGCCAGUCGAUCGUACCAGCGCCACUCCUCGCAGCCAACCCACCUUUACAUAUGCAGUCUCCUCGCCUCGCGCGGCUCUCGACGCCCCCCGCCAAGGCCGCGCUACGACGAGAUCCGCUGCCCAAGCUCGAGGCGACAGAGAAGAGCUCCCACCGACUGCACCACCGCAGCGUUGGGGAGCGCACCAAAGUUCACUCGACCGAGUAUCCCUUGCCCAAGAGUGAGAUGACCACUGAGGCUACACCAACCUCAACACAGACACUCAAGGUGGGCAAGCGCAAGCGCCAUCGACAAGACAGCGACGACGAUGCUGCCCGACCGACGCCGAGCAGCAUCAAGUGUGAAGAUGGCGCAUCCGAAGACGCACCGGCAGCGCCUGCACCGCUCCCGCCACCGCCGUCUCUUGGUGCGUGCCACCCGAAUUUGUUGCUGCUGAUGCAGGCGUGGACGAUCCUCGACAGCGACGGGUUCCCGCCCGGUGCGCGCCGCCGCGGGCUGCUGCAAGCCCGUCGCGCCAAGCUCGGCUUCCGUAGCUCGUAG